AUGAAUGGUGAAGAGGAAAUAUGGGAAAAACUGGAUGCAGAAUUUGAUCAUUGUGUGGUGGAUAUGAAGCCUCAUGUUCUAAAACUACGGUGUAGGUCAGAACGACAAAGAUGUGCACUGUGGAUUAAGAAACUGUGCGAACCCUCAGGAGCAGGCACAGGAAUAGUAGGAAGGAAGAAUCGGAACCUGUAUGCAAAGCUUUUGCUCCACAUGCUAAAGCGAGGUGUGCUGGAAGGUCCUUUUACACAUAAACCAGAACCAGGAAUACUGAAAACUUUGCCUUCAUACAUGUCAAUUUAUUUUGAUGAACCAAAUUCUACAAGAGUUCGGAGUAGUAGCCCAGACUGCUUACCUGACUGGGUAAUGGGAGAACUAGGAAAUGGUGAAUCUAAGCAUGAGGAGGUGUGGAAGAUGUCUUCUAAAGAGGGAUCAGCUUUAGCAACACCAGUCACAUAUGGGGAAAGAUUCAAGUACCAUGAGAAGCCAACAUUAAGAUCACAUUCUAUGAGUCCUCACCAGACAGAUGAAGAUAACCUAGCCACACCACUGUCUGACCAUCGUCAUAAAAAAACCUUUUCUUUGGAUGACAGUGACCUCGAAGCACGUCUCAAUAGUUGGAAUCUUGGGUUAGAAAAUCCAAGAUAUUUGCGAGAAAAAACGAUGCCGAUGUCUUUGAUGACACCCAAAACUGGCCUAGGAAAAAGAAGCACUUUUCAUGAUGAACAGGUACUAUUUCGAAUGCACGAGAAAGAGCUGGACAUGAAAAUGAAAAUAGCAGAAGGUAAAUUUCAUGAAGAAAAACUUAAAUUACAGCAGAAGCAUGACGCUGAUCUUCAAAAGGUAAGAAUAUUGUGAAUUUUCCCUACCGAUAGAAAGAAUGAUGAAAUAGAGGUAUUGAAGUCCCUCUGCAAAACCAAACAAAAUGAAUAUGAGGAGACGAUUAGAAAACUGGAGAAAAAAGUUCAGACCCUUGUUCGUGACUCACAAGUCAUCAGAGAAGCAAAAGAGAAGCAGAUUGUGGAGUUAAAGAAGAUGUGUGAGCAAAGCAAUGAAUCUUUGAACAAUGAGUGGGAGAAAAGGCUUCACAAUGCUGUGGCUGAGAUGGAGAAGGAGAAGUUUAAUAUUCAGAAGAAGCACACAGUAGAUAUGCAGGAACUGCUUGAGGACACCAAUGCUCGUCUUAGCAAAAUGGAGGAAGAUUAUUUGGAACAGAUAAAGUCAACUGACCAGACAAUCAAAAAACUGGAGGCUCGUGUCCAGCAGUUGACUGUUGAAGCUGAAAAUAGUAAUUUACAGCGUCAAAAAUUAUCUCAAGAAAAGGCUGAUGCCGAGCGAUGUUACCAGGCGGUAUGCUCUGAACUUCAGGAAAUGAAAGCAAGGCACAGCUCACUUCAGAAAGACAAGGACCAUAUUAUACAGGAAUAUGAGAAGAACAUUCAGCAACUACAAAGUAAAUAUGAUGUUGAUAUAGGUUUUAUAAAGCAGGAACAUGCUGUCUCUGCAGCUAAGGCGUCUGAUGAGGUUGAAGAAUUACAGCAUAGUGUGUGUCUGUUAAAACAACGGUUACAAGAUUUAGAACAUCAGACACAGCAACAGCUGAGGGAUCAAGAAUACAAGCUUCAACAGGACAAACUUCACUUGGAGCACGAGUACGAAAAACAGAUUCAUGGCAUCCGGAAUAAUUUUGAUAAAGAAAGAGGGGAUGCUCAAAAGAAAAUUCGCAAACUGGAAGAGACUUUGAAGUAA